AUGAAUUCGAACGGAACAAUCUUCUCUUCAGCCACGUUCAUGUAUGACAUACCUAAAAUGAGACAAGAUGUCUACAACGUGUGCCUUGAUCAGCCAAUGACGAUAAUUUCUGAUGGUAUAUGGUCUGGUCAUAACCACAUUGGAUCAAUUCCUUCAAAAUCUGCGUUCACCAUGCUUGAGCUGCAAAUAGUUAUCAUUUUCGCCGUCACGCAGGGCUUUCAUUUCUUUCUCAAGCGCAUUGGGAUCCCUUAUUUCGUUUCACAAGUAAUGGCUGGUUUUCUUCUAGGGCCAUCAAUUCCCACAGGACCAUUGGAAAAGUACAAGCAGAUGUUGUUCCCAUUUGGGAGUCCAGACAUCCUUAGCACAGUCUCAGCGAUGGGGUACUCAUUCUUCCUCUUCGUAAACUCAGUGAAAAUGGACCUAAGUUUGAUCACAAAAACAGGGAAGAAGGCUUGGGUCCUCGCACUCUCCUCCUAUUUCAUUCCCAUAUUUGUUGGCUAUGUCUUCCGGAAAAUCUUCUUUCAAGCCUUCUAUGGCCUCCUCUCAGAGGAUGUCUAUAACUUGCCCGUCGUCUUCAUUUCUAGCAGUGGUUGUUCCUUUGCUGUUGUUACAGUCUUGCUCAACGACCUCGGAAUCCUCAACUCUGAACUCGGACGCCUUGCACUCUCCGCAACUUUUGUUAGCGACCUCUCAGGUGGAAUCAUGGCAGGAAUUGGCACUGCCAUUAUAAGCGAGAGCAAAGGAGUAGGUUACCGUAUUGAAAACGUGGCGGUUUUUCUUGCUUACUUAAUCUUUGUUCCACUGAUUGGGCGUCCAGCGAUGAUGUGGGUAGUGAAGAGAACCCCAGAAGGUAGAUCCGUGAAGAAGGUAUAUAUCUGCAUCAUCAUAAUGGUGGUCUGUGCAUUGGGAUACUUUGCACGGUUUUUCAGACAACCCUUCUUCGCAGCAGCUGUUAUAUUUGGCCUAGCUGUCCCUGAAGGUCCUCCUUUAGGGUCCGAAUUGGUUAACCAACUUGAGUUAUUCUCCACGUUUCUCUCCUCAAUUUUUGUCACAUGUUGUAUCAUGAAGGUGGAUCUUACUCAAUGCGACUCUCUCACCCUCUUUCUCGUCACAACCGGCUUCAUCGUUAUGGUCCACUUGGUUAAGUUGAUUUUGUGCAUGGGAAUUUGCCGCUACUGCAAAAUGCCCUCCAGGGAUGGCUUCUGCCUUGCUCUCAUUAUGAGUUGCAAAGGUCUUGUUGAUAUCUGCUCCUAUACCAUUGUCUACGACGCAAUGGCACAAAGUAAACGAAUAGUAGCUGUUAUGAUCGUCUCGGUGCUGAUCCUAGGAACAACUUCUAGGUUUGGUGUGAAGGCAUUGUAUGACCCUUCAAGGAAAUACGCAGGAUAUCAGGAAAGGAACAUCAUGAGCUUGAAAGAGAACUGCGAGCUUCGGGUUGUUGCAUGCAUCCACAAGCCAUGUCACACGAAUCACAUCAAGAACGUUCUCCAGCUUUGCGCCCCUAGACCAGAGAACACACUAGUGGCUGAGAUAGUUCAUCUCAUGGAGCUAGUUGGAAGGUCCACACCUAUUUUCAUUGCACACAAGCUUCAGCACAGUGUAGAUUCAUCAUCAUCCUACAACUACUCCGGGGAACUCAUCGUGACCUUCGACCUUUUCGAACGUGACCAUGUUGGUUCCGCCACAGCCAACACCUACACAGCCAUAUCACCAGUGACACUAAUGCAUGAAGAUGUUUGUAACCUUGCUUUGGACAAAAACGCAGCCCUAAUAAUCCUUCCAUUUCACGUGAAAUGGGGAGGGGAUGGUUCUAUAGAGUCACGAGACGACGACAUAAGGGCACUGAAUUCAAAGGUUUUGGAAAGGGCACCUUGCUCAAUUGGGAUUCUAGUCAACCGUGGCCCUUCUGGCAUCAACGUCUCUGCGUGUUACAAUGUGGCUUUGAUCUUCUUUGGUGGACCUGAUGAUAUAGAAGCUUUGUAUUUGGCUAAGAGAUUUGCCAAAAAUGUUGAAAAUAGGUUGUUUGUGUAUAGGUUGCUAGCACGUGACCGUGAUGCAUCGGAUUGGGAACAAAUGAUUGAUGAUGAGGAGUUAAGGAAGGUUUGUGGAACUUAUGUACAACAUGAAAAUGUGACAUAUGAAGAGAGGACUAUAGAUGAUGCAUCAGAGACAAUGUUUUUCGUCAAAGAACUAGCAAACAAUUUUGAUUUUAUCAUAGUUGGGAGACGCAAUGAGUUGAGAACUUCUCAGACUUCUGGGUUGGAAAAUUGGACUGAACAUUCGGAGUUGGGGGUCAUUGGUGAUUUGCUUGCUUCACCAGAUACGGAGACUAGAGCAUCCAUUUUGGUUGUUCAGCAACAACAGUCAGCUUCUACGUCACCACAUCCAUAA